AGUAGUCAAGGCUUACGCAAGCGAGAGCAGCUCGCACAGACUGACCGUCAGGCUCGUAGCUGCUUCGCAGCGUAAGUGCCAAGCGCACUCUGCGGAUAACAUACUUUGCGCGCUCUUUCUUGCACAGCUUCAUGAAGCUACAUCUUGUAAAAUCGAGCCCCUAGAAGUAAAAGUAGAGUUAGCGACGCUGUUUCGCGUUCGCUCGUAAUAGGCGCUACCGUUCGCAAGGAUGCGCACACACCGCGUCAGUAUUAUACUACAGCUAUGCUGCUAUUUUGCGGCAUUGUUGCUUGGCCCGUUGAGCGCGUUGACGGUGGUCCAAGAAGAUGGCAACUGGUGGCCGCUGGAAAACGAGGAAGCACAUCCUGGACAAGGGCUGGCGAGGCCAGGACGUAGCCUGCAGUCAGUCGGCCCGGUGAAGGGGCUACCGAAGCGCUUCAGCAUCCGGCCCAUCGUGGACAACUCGCUGUGUGUCCAUCUGGUCCACCUAGACGCCUCCAGGCUGAACCCGGGGCUGACUGCCCAGCAGCAGUCGGCCGCGGCGGCCACGGCUGCGCUGGUGGCGGCCGCGCGGCAGCGCAGCGGCCUGCCCCCUAUCCAGGCCAAGGACGUGCAGGACUUCGGCACCUCCCGGCUGGUGCUGCUGCCGUGCGCGGGCGGCGCCACCGACACCUUCAUCGCGGAGGCCAUUUUGGGCCGCUUCUAUUUCAACAACGGCACCAACUACCGCCAGGGCUUCCUCAAGCCGUUCACCGACAAGGGCCUGUGCGCGUACGGAGUCAACGCCUCCUACACCGCCGGCCACCCCGUGUUUGGCGUCACCGGCACAACCUACUACACCGAGCACCCCAACAAGACCAGUGGUGCGGCGGCGGACGAGCCGCAGUACCUCGCGGACGACAACGAGAUGGACUGGUUCGACGAGUACAUUUUCGACUGGGCGGCGUACACGCGGUACGGUUACGAUCCUGCCACGAUUCCGAGCACGGGCUUCAAGUCCGCCAACCCGCUGCCGCCCACAAUGCUGGACGCGAGUGGCUGGGGCCCGUUCCACAGCUCCUGGGGCGUGUGCAUGAGCAACCCCACGGCGGACGUCAUGACGCCGAUCGACGACACCACCACCGAGGUGGCACUGCGCUACCACAGCUGGACCUUUGUCAACGUGCAGGACACGGGCUCGGUGUCGCACCUGCCUCGCGCCGCGGCUCGUCAGGCCUACGCGCUGCUGACCUUGGGCCCCGACCGCCCGCAGCCCGACAUGUCCCCGCUGGCCGGCGAGAUGGACGCGGGGGAUCUGUCCGCGGCCAUGGGGGGUUCCGACAAGCCGUACGGCACCGGGUACUCCACGCUGGUCAGCAAUGAGCUGUGCAUGCGGCUGGAGGCGAUCAAGGAGGGCGGCCAGGUGCAGCUGGCGCAGUGCAACCCCGUGGCGCCGGCGCUGGACCAGGUCUUCCAGCUCAUUGCGUCGAAGAAGCCGCUUGGCAAGAAGAAGGCUGCCAAGAUGGCUGCCAAGGCCGCGGCCGCUGCAGCUGCCGCUGCGUCAUCAUAAAUGCCUGACUUUGCAGACGCACGUUCAGGCCGGCGCAUGACAGUUGACGUACGUGUUUUGUACACGUGUAGCAGCUAAGUUGACCUUGCAAGAGGUGAUUGGUUGGCAUUUUAGUCCCAUUCAGAUGGCCUAUAGGUAGCGUAGUGACCUGAACGAGUUACAAACACUCAUGGUGGUUAUGCAAUUGCAUCCUGAGGUUGCGCGCCCAUUUUCCUACAACCCCGAGGGGCAAGUCCGCGGUCGCACGGUUGAGCACAUUGAGUGGGUGUCCGGGCGGCCCUAGUUGACCUCUACUUAAACGACUGUUCCGCAGGAUGCACAUGCACAUAUAUACUGGCUUGGCCUGGCCUCACACUGGCAGAACUGGAAUGCGGUACAUGACACUUUAAUCACGCAUAGAAUGCACAACUUUGCCCUGGUCCCAGCCCCUUAUCGGCAGCCUCUGUUGUCAUUAUUCCGUGCACCCGCACAUCACUCCGCCAGCUCGCGGACACGGUCACAUACGCGGUCAGCAGCUAGAAGCCUCACGGUACAUGCAUUUCCAACAACUGUCGCACUCUGUCGCGCCCUAUGAUAGGUGUCAUGAACCGUUAUCCGUGGGGUAAAGAUAUCCCGGUAUGAAUCGUAACAACGUAAAUAUGAGGACCAGAGUACAGACAUCGGGACCGUGCCGGCGUGUCAUACCCGAGAGCCGUUACGCGGGGUGCGAGGGGUAAUGACCCCGCCGUCCGUAAGUGUAAGUACUGUAUAGA